ACCUCAGUUCACAAAAUGCUCUAUUCUGCCUGCAGGUCUUGUCUGUGGCACUGUUUGCUUGGUCACUGGAAUCGGCUCUUCUUAGAAAUGUGUUUAAUCUGCUACCUGCUCUGCCCUCCGGCCCUGGCUGUGUCCUUCACACUAGGGUUCUCGGUGACACUGAGGGCACCAGCGCUACCGCCCUUCUGUCGAGGUGUCGUGUUGGGCAGCGUGGUAGGCGGCCUCGGGGAGCCCCAGCAGCGAGCACCUGGCACCGGGAGUUGUUUUAGGCUAUGUGCAAGAGAUGCUUCCUUAUCUCUAAGGCUUACCAGAAACUCGAACUUGAAGACAGGGAGUGGACUUUGCACUAAACCACAGGAAAACUCAAAAGCGCCCUCCCACACUUACAGCCACAGAGUUCCACCACACAAACCUACAGAUUGGGCGAAGAUUUCAAUUUGGUCAGGUCGUUUCCAAAAGGAAGAUGAGGGAAACAGCAACUCUCACAUUGAGAUGCUUGAUGCUGCCAAGAACAAACUCCAGGUGAAGGUCACCCAUGUAAUGACUGCCCUAACGGUGGCAAGUCGCAUUUUCAUGAUUAUUAAGGGUAAGAAGGUGGCUGGAAGAAAUAAGUCUUUAACAAGCUUGAACUUGGAAAAGAAUGCUUGUCUGAGAGAGGAAGCAGCUAUGAAGGCCAAAACUAAGUAGCAGAGGUAUCCAUGUUGGCUAGAUUUUGAAAAUCCAGAAAUGAUGUUGCAGCAAAAGUCUGUAUUAAAAAGUAAUG